AGAAACAAUUAAAUAUUUCCUAAUCUAGAUUUACAACCAUCAUUCAUGGACCCGCAGCACCAAGAACUGACCUCUCGUCCACCAAAACAACCACCAACAGCCUCUCCUCCGCCGCAGCAAGAAGAAUCAUCGUCAGAUUCUCUACUACGCUCAUGGUUUCAAGAAAAAUUUCCUGGUCAGGAACUUCCAUCAUAUCUUCAACCACAUAUAGAAACAGUUCCACCGCGGCGUCAGUGGCACGAAAUAGUUCCGAAAUCGAAACCUCUACCGUGGCAUAAGUCGCCAGAACGGUUAAUGUUGCAAAAGUUAUUUCCUCAUCUUGAUUCUCUAGGAAUGGAGCAGCGGCCUAGGAACAUAAUUCCUAAACCUCGCCCUCGCCCUCGCCCUCGCCUUGGAGUUCAGCACGAAAUACUAUCAUUAAUUCUUGAACCAGACUCCCCACCACGGCCACGGCUGCAGCAUACAAUAGUUUUUGAACAAGACUCACUACGCCCACAGCCGCGGCCGAAGCAGGAAAUUGUUCUUGCACCGGUCUCACAUCCACGGCCGCGGCCACAACAUGCAGUAAUUCUUGAAGAAGACUCACUAUCCCGGCAGCCACGGCCGGACCAAGAAUUAGUUCUUGCACCGGACAAGACACCAAUGUGGCCGCCGGGACGAAGAAUAUAUCUGGAUAUUCCUCCUCCUCCUCUUCCUAGUGAAUCUCCUUCAUCAUUGCCGAUGCAAAUUGAGCAGGCCCAACUACCUUCUAACCCGCCAUCCAAAUGCAGUCCUCAGUGUUGGAUCUUUACUUUCAUGUUUGUUCUAAUUUUCACCGGUGUCGUGCUUUUUGCGCUAGUGUACGUUUUCCGUCAUCAUUAUUUACACAUAAAGUCUUGAUCAAAGGUAUUGAGGUCAUUGCUCAGCACUAUCGAUGGCCAAGGGGUGUGUGUAUUUGUGUUUCCUUAAAAAUUAUAGUGGGUAGAGAGUAUUUUUUCCUUCUAGUUGGAUAAUUUUCUCUGAAUUCUUUGUAAUUUUCUCUGAAUUCUUCCAAGGGGAUCCCCAAGUAAUAAAUAAAUUGGCAAAGAUAUCAAUGAGCA